AUGGCACUCCGUCGCACUUCUCCAGGCAUUUCGACUACGCCCUUCUUUCCAUGCCGGCCCGCUGCCCUGGGACAAGUCGUGGCGGCGCCCUACGUGUCCUCCCUUCGGUAUCCGGCUUCGAUUCCCUCCAGUUUCGCUGCGCUCCCUGCGUCUACUGCCCUCUUCCCCUGGAGGAGGCGUGCCGCUGCAUGCGUCAUCGCCUUUUCUGCUCCGUGCCUGCGUCUCAGUUGUCUGCCUCCUCUGGCCGAGGCGCUUCCCAUGGCGAGCUGCGGCUCAGGCCGAAGUUCCACCGCAUCCUCGACUCCGCACCGCGUUCCCUCCUCCCCUGUACCGCCGUCCUCUCCUCUGGCAGACCAUCCGCAUACAAUUUCGUCUGCCUCUACUCUCUCUGCUGUCUCUCUUGGCUCUUCUCCUGCGUCUGGCGUCGCAGCGCCUGCCAGCGUGCCUGGUUCCGGGCUGCUCCUGUCGCUCCAAAAUGUGAAGAGACAGGAGGCACUCGUGGAGGGCGGUGGGGUGGACGAUGGCGUGCUGGGAGCCGGCGACCGCCGAGGGAGCGGAGGACGGGGCGAGCAGGCGCCGGCAGAGCGCGGAACUCCUGCAGGCCUCGACUGGGAGAAGAUGCUUCUCUUCCUCUCGCGUUUAACUCCUGAGAAAGACGCAGGUGGCAGUGCCAAGGGCGGCGAGGAAGGUACGAGAGAGGCCACUGCGAGCAAAGCGAACGACUCGAAAGCGAAACGCGAGCGAAAGCGAAGGAGUCCCGCGAUGCUGCAGAAUGAUUCGCAAAAACAAAAAACUGCUGGCGUCCCGCGGGGGGCAGAGCUCGUACUCCCUGCCUCUCUGUCCCGCGACAAACACUGGCACGAGGGUGGAUUUUCGCCCUACGCGGCCUUGGCUCCAGGCUCUGCCGAAUCUCCCGCGGAAGCGUCGGCCGAGAGCCGCGGCUGCGGACUCUUGGGACGCCACGGAGGAGAAAAUGACAAAGAAAAUGUCGCCGCUAGAGACGCUCAGGUGUCUGUAGCCUCCCUGCCGCAAAGGCGAGGAUCCAGAGGGGUUCGCGGCGGGAGAAAAGGGUGCGAAAGACACGCUUUCACCCCUCCGUCGUCCUCCCUUGCAUUUGCUCUACCGGGGUUGCAGCUCGGUCGGCCGAUUUCGGUGCGAGCUCAGGGCUCGCCUCCCCACGAGAUUUCUGCCAUGCGGUCUGGAGAAGGCUACGAUGCAUCUCAACGUUUAAGUUUUCUCUCGUUUCCGUCUCACGCCGCUUCAUCUGUUUCCUCCGCUUCGCCGGCACCCGUGGGGGGCUCUUCGCCCGCCUUCUGCGUGGCGCGACCCAUGCGUGCCGAGCGCUCCAGAGAGAGAGGCGACGCCGCGCGGCGGCUCGAUGCCUCCCCUUCUGCAGAUUCGGCGGCUGCGGACGCAUCCGCAGCGUGCCGAACUUCGCAGGCCGUGUCAAGGGGAGAACCCCCCGAAACAGAGAGCCGGUGGCCGGUCGAAUCCGCGCCCGCGGUUGCGGGAGACGCAGAGCCGGUCGGCGUGAGUGUGCCACCAGGAGGUGUACAUACACCGCGGGCCGAUGGAGCUCAGACGUCUUCGAGACGCGGACGCAGGCCACGGUCGAGCCCGGGAGGGAGAGGAAGUGCCGAGGGGCGCAGAAGAGGACGGAAAAACCGACCUGAAAGUGUGGCUUUGCCCCAGAUCAGCGAAGAGUCACAACCGGUUGGCGGUGGAGAAGAGGCCUCGGGUGUAUGGACACCGCGCCGCGGUGUACAGACCCCUGCUUGCACGGCGUUCUCGGCAGGGGCGGGCGCAUGUUCUGUCAUCCCUUCUACGACAACCGGCUUUGCGGGAGAGUCCAACGAUGAGAAAACCGGAGAAGAUUUGGAUGAGGAUACCUUCGCGGCGCUCGUUUUCUGUUCCGAAGGCGAGCGAGGAGCGAAGGACGAAGAGGAAGCAAAACGCGAGGCCGAUCCAGAGGCCACCUCGGAGCCUGUCGCGGGCGGUCUGCUUGAUGACAGCGUGUGGUUCACGGAUGCCGAGGGAGAAGGCUGCAAGGAGGCGAAAGAGGCGAAGAGUGGAGUAAAGGCGAAAGACGUGCAGAACGACCCCGUGGAAGAAAGCGCAGAGCUGGACGCCGACGAAGCUCUGCAGUUCCUCUUCCCCGAGCAAGUACCAGACAUUUCGUCGUCUGCUCCUGCGUCUCCCCCUGCUGACGCUCCAUUCCCGCCAUCGUCGUCUUCGUGUUCUCCGCUUGCCUCAGCUCCUGCUUGUACUCCCCCGGAUUCUCUCUUUGCGCAUCCCGCGCCGCCUGCCUCCUCUUUCUCGACGCUUUCGUCAUCUGGGCCGUCAUCUGCGCCGUUUGCGACGCCUGUUGAGUUUCCAAGUUCCACGUUUUCGCGAACGCCUGCGUCCAGUACCGCGUCCGACAGUUUCUGGAGAAGCUCUGAAUGCCAUUUGCCGCCUGCAGCGCGCACCCCCCCGGGGGAGUCCUCCCCGGCUGCACGGUCUGCCGCUCCGGUCGAGGCAGCAGAAGCUUCUUUGUUUUUUCAAUCCCCCUGCGGGAAUUUCACAUCUGUAGCAAUUACCGAGGCAGGGGAGGCUCCGAAUCUAGCAGGGAGUGGAGACACGCGGGCUGCAUGUCUUUAUCCCGCGUCCUCCAUGCCCUCUCUGGCGCGCUCAGUGCCUUCUUCGGCGCCUGUCUCCCCGUCUCCGCUGUCUCCUGAGCGUCCUGUCUCCUCUUUCGCCCGUCGCUCCUCGCCCGCGCCUCAGUCUUCCCGUGUGUCUGCUCGCUCUCCUGCUGCGUGUCCGCCUGCUCCGUCGGAUUCGCUGCCAUCCCAAGCUGCCUUGGGGGCCAGUCGCUGCGCGUCCUGCGAGGGCCUUCGGCGGCAGCUUCUCGCGGUGCGGCUGCGAGGCUUCAGCGAGUGGAGCGAUAAGUGCAAGAUGCUGGAGGCUGCGCUGGAGGAGAAGAUUUCGCUGAUUCACCAGCUCGAGACACGCGGGGCGGCGCUCCUGACAACUUUGGACGAGGAGCGGAAGGCGUGCGCUGAGGAGUGUGAGCGCCGGCGCCGCAGCGAAGAGAGCCUCGCGGCGUGCAAAGCCUGUCUGCGCGACCUGGAGGCCGAGCGCGAGCGGCGACGCGAAGAAGAGGCGGAGCUUCACCAGCUCCUCGUCUGCACUCAGGAGGAACUCAAGAGAGAAAGGGACACCGUGAAGAGACUGGAGCGUCUUGCGGCGCUCGACGCCCAGCAGAUCCAAAGCCUCACGCAGCGGCUGGAGCGCCUCCACAGGGACGCCGCGCGGAGGAAGCAGAGAGGCCGCACCGACCACGACGAGGCAGCAGCAGCUGUGUGCGCCAGCGAGGCAGAGGAAGAGGCGAGUGAGCGCGAAGAAGAAACGGAGAUGCGGACAGUAGAGAAGGAGCUUUCUCUAGCCUCUGCAGCCGAGGGGGAAGCGGCGCUGGCGUGUGUUGCGUCCCCGCCGUUUUUUCCGCAUGCGCGGAGUCUGGAUGACGAGCUCUUUGAGGAAAUGCACGUAGAUACACCGGAGAGGGAGAACGGAAACGGUCGCCUCGAAGAGGAGAAGGAGGAACCAGGGAAGGGAAAAGAAAGACGCGCGUUGCUGGAAGAGACGGCGCCGGGGACUGCGGCGCCCGCUGACUCUUUCGAGGAGGCGCCAGCAGCCCCUGCACAGUCCACGCGUCGAAUAAUCCUCCAAGAGGAAAACCAACAAGAAGAAGCGCGAGUUGUUGAACCUCAGGCAGCCCCGGCAGACUUCGCCUUUGCCGGCAAGGCAGGCGACACGGGUGCGGGCGAGGAGACAGGGAGAGAGGAAUGUGACCGCUGGGAGGAAGGGAAGGCGGGGAAGGAGGAGAAGGGAGCGGCGCCGGCCUCAGCCAAAGGGUUUGGCGCUGCAGACGACGAGGUCGAUCGCCCCGAGGGAAGCGAAGAAAGAAAGGCGACAACCAAGUCGCUGGCGACGCCUGGAGAGACUGCAUCAAAGUCCUGCGUAUGGCGGAUAUCCGCGUCGGACUCAAGCACAAGCGCGUCACUUUCUCCGUCCUCUUCGGUGUCUCCUUUCUCUCGCACUUCUCCUGAGCCGCAUUCGCGCACGGCGUCUGCAUCCCCCAUUUCGGCGUCGCCUGGCGGAAGCUCGUCGUCGGCAUUUUUCUCCUCUACACCACCGGAUAUCGGUGCGGCUCGCCUUCCCUCCGCUGUCUCUGCAUCGUCGGCAACGCGCUCUUCUUCCUCUUCACUGGAGAGUCCUUCGCCUUCGCGGGUGCCGCGUGCCUCCGCUGCGGCGAGCUCGGGAGGUCGUUCGCCUUCCGUGGAGUCUUUUGAGACACUCGACACGAGAGAGCGAGAAGGGGAGGAACAGGAAGGGGCGCACCAGCGCGAACGCGUCGAGGGGCGGUGGGCAGCCGCCGAGCGAGGAGGCGCGAGGGAGGAAACACCGGCGCCCGAAGGCGACGGAGAAUUAGAAGGCCUCGAGUUUUCGCAGGCAAAGAGAGAGGGAGGAUUGAAGCGCCGGGAAGAGAUGGCUCACGCGCUCUCCGCAGAGGCGUCUCUCUCAAACUCUGAUCGUCGCUCGACUGGCGGCGUCUUUUUGCGCGACGAGGCCGCACAGAAGGAGCUCGGAGUGGAGCCGUCGCAGCGUGGGCUCGCUGAGGGGGUGGAGAGGGCAGGCGGCCGCGACGAGCUCUGCGAUUCGGCCGCAGCGGCCGCUGAGCACCUCGAGAGCGCCACAACGGACGCGAUGAGCAGCCGCUGCAGCACGGCCUCUCUAUCGGAUGCGCCGUGCUCAGGGAACGACGCGCCAGCCGAGGAGGCGGCGCCGCCUGCUUCUCCCUACGCGCUCGCCUCGUUGGUUCAUCUCUCCGCGCGCGCGAGGCCGCGCACCCGAGGACGGUCUUUCUCUCUCCAUCGAGUGCAGAACAUACGCAGACUCGCGCCGCAGAGAGACGCAGGGGGAGACUGGCAGCUGGGCUCCUCUCGCGCGCCUUCGGCCGCUUUUUCCCUGAGAAUCGACGACAGCCGCUCCAGCUUGUGGAAGAGCGUUGCAGCUCAGGCGGAGAGUCUCGUGGCAUUUGCCCCGCUCGCGUUCGCGCGGCGUCGACAAGGCGCGGGUAGCAGAAAGCCAGAAAGUGGCGGAAUGCCACCCGAAGAGGAGGCUCAGGAUGAAGAGUGUGGGGAAGGUUUCGCUCGCGCGUCCUCGCGGCGGAUCUUUUGUGGCAAUCAUCGCCGCGGAGAUGAGGAGGCGGCCCUCGCGGAGGCCUGCGCGCAUGUGGCGAAGAGCGCAGCCGACGAACUGAGUCGCUUGGCGGGAAGGCUUUCCCUCUCUCCUGCCGGUGUCUCUUCUCCAGUAGAGGACUCGGCCUCGUCGUUUCCGGUCGGAGUCGCCGAGGCCCUGCCGGUUGACUCCUGGAGGGACGGACUUGCCACGCCUGCGAAAGGCUCUCAAGCGGCGACGGCGAAACCCGAGGCAGGAGAAGACGGGCGGUCACGCUCCCGCUUUUUGGGCUCUUCGCGGCAGCUCGUCGCAGCCCUCUGCUCGGCGUCCUUUGCGGCCCUUCGCCAGCGCCUGAGCGAGUCGCCGCCUUCAGCCCUGCUUCUUCCACGCGUCCGCGCCCUCGCAGGCGCUUUGCGAGCGACGUGUGCGGCCUUCGUCGCGGCGACCGCAGGUGCGGAGGCACAUGCGAAGGGCUGUCGGGCCUCAGGGGCGCUUUCGUCAGGCAAGAAACGGACGCUGGAGGGGGAAGCAGCUCGCGUUGCACGGGCGAACGAACGGAAGAAGCUCCGCGGUCUGCCCAUCCCGCCGCGGAACCCGCGCCCGCUGAAACCUGAGAAGUUCCCCCGCGAAGAGAGCGCACCGAGCAGGACUGCGGCGAGCGAGACUGGGGCGAAAGGGGCUUCGGCGUCUCCUGUCACUUCCUCCUGGCAAGAGGCGCUUCUCAGCUGUCACUCGCGACUGGAGCGCGAGCGAUGCGACGCGCGUGUGGAGGUCGAGGGGCGGCUGUCGUCGGUUCACCCCGUCGAAGGAAAGCGGCGGGGCGAGCGACUUGGAGCCCGCAAAGCGACCCGCGCGCCGAGAGGGACGCGGAAUGAAGAGACCAGAGACGAGCCGUCGUCGGGAGAGGGCGAGCGCGCGUCGGCAUUCAGCCAUGACCACAGCAACUUUCUGCUGUCGCAGCACAUGCGCCUGGAGGAGCUGCGCCUCCUCAGGCGAGACGCGUUGGCCCUGUCUUCUCGCAGCUCGUCGGCGGCGACUUCUGCCGUGCAGGGUGACCGCGCGGAGGGAAACGCAGGCGAUGAGGCAGGCGAAGGAGGCACUGUGGAAGACGCCUUCUUCGCCUUCUGUUGGGGCCUGUGCGAAGGAGAGGCCGUGGAGGAAGGACCGCCCGACGACUGGAGCAGACAAGACGUCCCUGAAUCCUCAGCGAGAGCUCCGGCUCUACCCUCACUGUCGCGCGAGCUGCACAGCCUUUUCUCGCUUUCGCAGCAACUCGAAGGAGAAAUGGGCCCCGAACAGAGAGGAGAGGCUCGAGACAACGCAGACAAACACAGAGACGCAAGCUCGCCUCUGUGUGCUCUCGCGGAGGCUCUGGGGUGCCUCGCGGGACUCUGCGAAGGCGACGACCUCUUAACGGCUUUGACGCAGAGACCUUGCAGCGCCUGGCGCACGGCUGUCUCGCUUGCGCGUAUUCUGCAUCGCCUCGCCUCUCAUUCGUCUUCUGUGUUCUUCUGUGAAGCGAGCUCCACGUCGCGGAUCGUUGUUCAGCUCUUCAAAGAAGCCGCGGAGGAGCUCUCCGCCGUCUUCGCGGCUCUGCACGGCGUCGCGGGCAGCUGCCAAGGACAGACCGCGCGCGAGGAGGAAUCGGAGGGAUUCAGAGAGCCCGAAGAAACGAGAGGAAAACUGAAAAGGCGUCGGUGGGACGACGCGCCCAUACCCGAGAGAGAGGAUCAAGAGAGGCUUCGCGGGCAGCUGCACCGACUCGCACGUCAAGCGCGCGGCGUCGCGCAGGCCGCGGUCUGUCGCGCGCUUCUGUCGCGGGUGCUGGCGGACGGCGGUGCAGAGAGAGAAGGAGAAGGAGGAGAGAAGGCGCUGGAGGGCGAGCGGCGCGAUUUCCCGAGUCUCAGAUGCCGGUGCUCGCUUCGCGAGGCGGACUCGCGUUCUUCGCCUUCUGCUUGCGGCUCGGGAGGAAGUGAGCUUGAGAGACGCAUGGGGGUCUGCUGGCUCGCGCGUCUGUCUCACCCCGCGGGCCUCGAAGUCGCGGAGGCGGCGAGCGACAGGGUGUCUCCGCUGUUGGCGCGGCGUGCCUUGGUGGAAGGCCACGAGGCGUGCGAACUCGCAGAGUUAUUGCGCGUCGCGUUCAGCUUUCCCGGCACUUCCGCAGAGGCGCCUGCCACCGCGCCGCUUCGCCUGUGGAAGGAGGUUCUCCUCGCCUUCGCCGCGGAGGCUCAGCCUGCGGCCGACGCGAGGCAGGAUCUCGCGCUGGACGCGGACAACGCAGGGGAGACAUCUCUGAAGAGAAAAAAGAUUCUGCCGCAGAGGGGAUGCGCGGAGGACUGCAACACGAAAGCCGAAACUGGAGGAGACGCGCAGGUGACGAUUCGGCACAUGCGCCUGGCCAUUCUGCUGCGCGAGUGUCUGAUGCAGCAUUUCCUCGUGACGGCGCGCGGAUGCGGCGAGUCCGCGGACAGAAACGCGGCUUUGUCUUUCUUUUCGCUGGAGGAGAGCGAGGCGGAUGCCCGCGGGGCGAUGCGCAAGGUGACGCAGAGUGCAAAGCGCAUGCAGGGAGCGGGCGACGCGACCGCAGACAGCGUGCAAGCAGAUGAGGACGCCAGGGCGACUCUCUUCCUCUCACUGGCCCUCGCGGAGGUGUGGAGCGCGCAGCUGAAAGGCUUUGGUGCAGCGGGGUCACGGCAAGAAGGACGCUCCGGAAGCGGCGGCCGACCCCCUAGUGGCGCGCCGACACAGGCGAGCGAGAAGGUUCCUGGGGGAGCGGGGCGAAGCAGCGACGCAGGGCGAAGCAGCGACGCAGGGCGAAGCAGCGACGAAGGGCGAAGCAGCGACGAAGGGCGAAGCAGCGACGAAGGGCGAAGCAGCGACGCAGGGCGAAGCAGCGACGAAGGGCGAAGCAGCGACGCAGGGCGAAGCAGCGACGAAGGGCGAAGCAGCGACGCAGGGCAGCACCCGCCGCGCACAAGGCUCGUUCCCUCGUGCUUGUUCGCUCUCCUCCCUCAGAUCAAGACAGCCAUCGGUGUCCUCUUGGAGGGCGAAGAAGAGAGGGCGACGCCGAGCCUCGAGGGAGCGCGCGGGGGGGCGGCCGCGAAUUAG